UCUGUCACUUUCGCCGUUCAGUCAAGUGGUGGCGGUCGCUGUCGAAAGGUCGUGAUGGACAUCUGACGUCGUUAUCGUAACAACAAUUAAUAACAACACUCGUGCUGUAACAUCGACAGUUGAUUUCUGGUCGCGGUGUGCUGUGCUCGGUUGAACAAAACGCAGAUCCAGUCGGCUGUGACUCACGUUUCCGGGGCGAUUUGGAGAUACACAGGGUGAUUGCACGAAUUCUGGUUCCCCCACCAUGCCCCACCCACGAUGACAGCCACGCCCCCUCGUCGCACGUAACUCCACCCUCCCUCUAACACCCCCACGCCCCCAAGAUGCCGACCGUCGUGUCGAAGUUCCUCUCCAAGACCGAACAAACCCUUAACAUCAACCGCAGCACCCUCUCUGGAGCCCUCGUUGCCGCCGCACUCUGCGCCUACACCUACAAGGUCGCCCUCCCCCUCGUCCUGCGCAGGGACCCCGCCACCAACAACAACAACAAUCUAGUCAAAAAGAACGUCCAGGUCCAGAAUGGCCUCAAGCCCAAGAGCAAGCUGUCCAAGCGGCAGCGCUUGCGCAACACCAUCCCCGCCCUCAACCUGCAGUUCAUCCUCCAGUUCAUCAAGCUGGUCAGGAUCAUGAUCCCCAACCUUUUCUGCGCCGAGAUCGGGCUGCUGGGCGGGCACACGACGUUUCUCUUCUUGAGGACCUUCCUCAGCAUCUACGUGGCCAACCUGGAAGGGGCCAUCGUGAAGUACAUCGUCAGGAAGGAGCCGGAUAACUUCAUCAAGCAGUUGAUGAAGUGGUUCGCGGUGGCCAUCCCGGCGACGUUCAUCAAUAGCAUGAUUAAGUAUUUGGAGAGUAAGAUUGCUCUGAGCUUCCGGACGAGGCUGGUGGAGCAUUCGUAUAAGUUGUAUUUUAAGAAUCAGAGUUAUUACAGGGUAACCGUCCUCGACGGGCGUUUAGAUAACUGUGCGCAGCGUCUGACGGACGACAUCGAGACCGUCGCCAGCACCGUGGCCCAUUUGUAUGGCCACAUCACCAAGCCUCUCUUCGAUAUCCUCCUCAUGGCUAUCGCUCUAGCUAAUCUUGUGAAGUCGCGGAAUGCCACGUCGCUUAUAACAGGGCCUGCGAUCAUCUCCGGGGUGGUGCUCAUCUCGGCUCUCAUCCUCAAGCUGGUAUCGCCGCGAUUCGGCCAGCUGGUGGCCCAAGAAGCGGAGAAGAAAGGCUACCUCCGCCAUGUCCACUCCCGCAUUGUCUCCAACGCCGAAGAAAUCGCCUUCUACGGCGGCCACAAGGUCGAGCAAUCCCAGCUCAGGAGCGCCUUCCGCAUCCUGGCGCAGCACCUGGAGCACAUGUUCGGCGUGAAGCUCUGGUUCGUCAUGUUGGAGCAAUUCCUGAUGAAGUACGUGUGGUCGGGGACCGGCAUGAUCGUGGUGUCUCUGCCCAUCCUCCUCGCAACCGCCUCCCGGCCCGAGAAGCCCAAGCCCACGAACACCCUCAUGAACUUGCCGCUUCUGAGCGAGGACACGUCGGUGGCGUUGGGGUCGGCGGCGGUGGCCGAAGACAGCGUGUCCGAGCGCACUCACUAUUUCACGACGGCGAAGAAUCUGUUGAUCACGGGCUCCAACGCGGUGGAGAGGCUCAUGUCGAGCUACAAGGAUAUCGUGGAGUUGGCCGGGCACACGGCGAGGGUGGCCAAUAUGUUCACGGUCCUGGAGGAGGCGAGUCAGGGGGUGUACCACAAGACGAUGGUGGAGAAGAAGGAGAAGUGCGGGGACUUCGAGAUCGAGUUCAAGGGGGAUCAGCCGGUGGCGAAAGGCCAGCUGAUCCUCUCCACCAACAACGAAAUCAUCCUAAAAGACGUUCCAAUAGUGACCCCCAACUGUGAUGUAGUGUGUCCAUCUCUCAGUCUAGAGCUGAAGCCAGGCCAGCACUUGCUCAUAACCGGGCCCAACGGCUGCGGCAAAUCGAGCUUAUUCCGUAUACUUAGCGGCUUGUGGCCGAUCUACGGCGGCGAGCUGCACAGCCCCAAGAAUUCCAUGUUCUAUAUACCUCAGAGACCCUACAUGGUCAUAGGGAACUUGCGAGACCAAGUUAUAUACCCGGACACGGCGACCGACAUGAUCAACAAGCAGGUGACGGAAGAAGACCUGAUGAAGAUCAUGAGGCUGGUGCACCUGGAGCACAUCGUCGAGAGGGACACAUUCCACCAGGUUAAGGAUUGGACGGAUAUUUUGUCCGGGGGCGAGAAGCAGAGGAUGGCGAUUGCGAGGCUGUUUUAUCACAAACCCAAAUACGCCCUUCUCGACGAGUGCACCUCGGCUGUGUCCAUCGACGUGGAAAGCUUCAUCUACCAAACGGCCAUCGACAUGGGUAUCACCCUCCUAACAAUCACCCAUCGGCCAACUUUAUGGAAAUUCCACACACAUAUCCUCCAAUUCGACGGCGCAGGCUCGUGGAAAUUCGACCAAUUGAAUGCCAGCAACCGCCUCAGCUUGAAGAAAGAAAAGGAGGAACUGUUGAAGAAAGCCAGCACUGAAGACACAGUUCGCAGACUGAAUGAACUGAACAAACUUCUAGGAGAAGAUAAUAAUUGAGAUUUAACAUAAUUACAUAAUUUAUGUGUAUGUACUGUUUUUAUUUAAAGAUUAUGUGAGGUUAUGUGGUAUUGACUACCGAGUGAUGUAGACGUAAUUAAAUAUAAAGUAUAGUCGGA